CGUUUAAACCAUAUCCUGCGUGCGUGUCUACUAUCCAAGAGAGCCAACCAAACCUAGAAACAAACAAAUAUAUCUUAUCCAUUUAUGAUUUAUUUGCCCACUUGUUCAUAAGCACGAUUGAUUUGAAAAUUCUCCUGCAACUCAGUUUUCAUCAUGUCGUCAAAUGGCCCUGGAUAUGCUACUCCUCUCGAUGCCAUGAAAAACGGCCCUCGAGAAGAAUUACUCUAUGUUGUUUGUAUUCAACCCAAUCAAGCCGAAGGAAAAACCGACCUCUUAGCAACUGUGGACGUUAACCCUUCGUCACCUACUUAUUGCCAAGUUAUUCACAGAUUGAGGACCGGAAGACUUAACGAUGAGCUGCAUCACACUGGAUGGAAUGUCUGUUCCAGUUGUCAUGACACGAAGGGGUGCUGCGAUGUUCCAAAACGGGAUAAACUAAUUUUGCCGGCUUUCAAUUCCGACAGAAUUUAUGUCGUCGAUACAGAGAAAAAUCCAAGGGCUCCAACUAUGCACAAAGUGGUCGAAGCUGAAGAAAUCCACCGUUUCAACUGCUCCACCCCGCACACCACCCAUUGCCUAGCAAGUGGAGAAGUUAUGAUUUCGGCAAUGGGUGACAAUCAAGGCAACGGCAAAUGUGAGUUUAUUUUACUUGAUGGUAAAACUUUUGAAGUGAAAGGAACCUGGACUAGAAAUAAGACCGGAGCCUUCAAUUACGACUUUUGGUACCAGCCAUAUUUCGACAUAAUGGUAUCAUCCGAAUGGGGGGCUCCCAGAAUUCUCAAACGUGGUUUUCAAUCCACUGAUCCUGACGACCAGAAAAUUUACGGACGUUCCCUCAACUUCUUCUCAUGGUCGAAACGGGAGCUUUUGCAAACUGUUAAUUUAGGGUUUGAUGGAGUGAGCCCGCUUGAAAUUCGAUUUUUGCAUAACCCCAAACAGCCCCAAGGUUUUGUUGGGUGUGCCCUCAACGCUAAUAUCUUCAGGUUUUAUCAGAAAGGUGAUGGAAGUUGGGCUGUUGACAAGGUUAUCGAUAUUCCAGCUAAAAAAGUUUCUGGUUGGGAUGGAGACUACAUAAACGGGAUGAUMACAGAUAUUUUAUUAUCACUCGACGACAGAUUUCUWUAUCUCAAUAAYUGGCUACAUGGCGAUGUCAGACAAUAUGAUAUCUCGGAUCCCGCACACCCAAAAUUAACGGGACAAUUAUUCUUGGGUGGAAAAAUUUUGAAAGAUUCUAAAAUUAAAGUCUUGGAAGAUAAAGAAUUGAAAGAACAACCCGAUCCUGUUUAUAUUAAAGGAAGGCGCAUCUUGGGUGGUCCCCAAAUGAUGCAAUUAUCUCUUGAUGGAAAGCGGCUGUAUAUUAGCUCGAGUUUGUACUCCCCUUGGGAUCGACAAUUUUAUCCUGAGACUAUAGAAAAAGGUGCGACUAUUGUUAAAAUCGAUAUCGAUACAGAGAAAGGUGGGAUGAAAUUGGAUGAGAAUUUUUUGGUUGAUUUUGGAAUUGGGCCUGAUGGACCACUUUUGGCUCAUGAAAUGAGGUACCCUGGAGGUGAUUGCACAUCAGACAUUUGGCUUGCACAAGAUUGAAAAAGAUGAGAUAAGAAACUGCUUCAUAAUUGCUCAUUAACAAAUAAAUAUUCUUGAAAU